UUCUACAAACUCCGCCAAUCGUAGCGACUCCUCUGAUCUGAAAGCAUUUUUCUUCCACACUAGAGCACCGUAACGAAUCCUACUCCUCUGAUUUGACAUUCUCUCUCUCUCUCUCUCUUCUCCGUACCCAACGCCCAAAUUCAGAGCUUGGAGCUUCCAAGAACCAACUCUACAAAUAUCUUCCAUCGUUUUCCUCUCUAUUAACUCUGUCAAAUCCUUAAUAAUAAUAGCUUUCGCCUCUUAGUUCCGAGAGGUGCACCAAUCAUGAACGUAGCCUUCUCUUCCCGACAUAGAUCGAUUUUGUGAGAACUCCGUGUAAAAUGUCAAGACCUAUUUUGCUUGCUUUUCUGUUGAUGAUACUCAUAAUUACUUCUCAAUUUGAGUGGAACCAACAACUUGCUAUUGACCUUGACACAACUCCAAGUAUCUCCCAAAAACAGCAACAGAUUUCAAACAGAGAAGAAUCUGUCAAGGAAAAGAUCAUUUUAUCACAAGAAAAGAACAUUCACCGACUUCAUGAGCUUGUUCAUAGUCUUCAAGAGCAAUUGCAACAGUGCAGGAACAGUGAGAAAGCAAAUGGCACUGUAAGACCUCUAACUGAACAUGUUAUUGAACUUGAACGGCAGCAGAUUCUUGAGGACUAGGCUUGAGACUUUGGAAGUCUGUUCAGUGUUUAUAAUAUGUUUGACUUCUUAGAACCUUCACUUACCACCCAAGUUUGACUUUCAAGUUAUAUUUUGGUAUAUAUCUAAGAUCUACUCACAAUUUUAAUGGCUUACCGUACAUGGCCAAAAGUUUAUACCUAGGGCAAUUUAAUAUGUUUUUCCUUCCCUCCAAUGAAGCCUCAAUUAUGGCUAUUUAGUGUGAAAUGAAAUGUAAUCCAAGUCAGAUGGGCAGUUUUUGAGAACGUAAGAGGGAGAUAUUUUUGACUCUUAAUGUCAUGAUUGUUUAGGUUCAUAUAAGCCAGCUGGAAGCUAACGUUUGUGGUAAAAUGUUCCAUUAUUUUGUUGUAUUAUAAAGGCCUAGAUGAUCUACCUUGUCCAAGCCAAACUGUACAAUUACUUUAUGUAUGGUAAGUAGAAUUUAAGGCA